AUGCGCCACGCAACCCUCUACCACCUCCGCGCCUUCCUCCGCCCGCUCAAGCGCCGCGUCCGCAAAGGCAAGAGCAGAGCCAUCCCCUGCGGCAACCACCGCCACCACCAAAGCCACUCCGGCUACAACCCCCUCCUCCCCUUCCACGACGACGACAACGACGACCGCGGACCCGAGGGCGAAGACGCCAUCGAACUCCUCCCGCCCGCCCGCCCCGUCACCGACCCCUGUCUCCUCAUCCGACCCACCUCCGCCCCCGGUCCGUCGCCGCCGUCGUUGUCGUCGUCGUCCCUGACGCUUGCUCCGGCGAGCGCGAGCACCUGCACCCUCGCGUCGUCGUCCCCAUCCGCUUGCCAUCCGUCGUUGUCGUUCUCCCCCUCCUGCACCACACCAACAUGCACAGACCGUCCGGUCAGCGCCGGAUGCCAAAAGAAGGAGAAGGAGAAGAAGAGCAGCAGGCGUGAGACGUGGACGAAGAGCUUGCUGGCUUUGGACUCGCUGUUCUUCGAAAACGGCGGUGACGUCGAGCGCACGACGGCGGCGGCGGUUGACGCCCAUGCGGCGGCGGACGGCAAGAAGCGGCCGGGUGUGCGUGAGUCGAGGCGGGACUCGUUCAUGUGGAUGAAGUUUGACGGCCACACGGGCGGCGCGGUGGCGUGGGCGGAUGGGGCGAGGUUGGCGGCGGGGGCGGGGUGGGGGGUGUGA